UUCAACUUGCUUUGACAAUUGAACAUCAGCUAAAAAUGAAGUCAUACGUCUUGUUGCUAGCUCUGGCAGCCGCAUCGGCAAUGCCAACAAAGGAAGAUGGGGUCAUGGAGAAAUUCGUCUCCGCUUUACGAGACUGCGUAGAAACGGAUACCGUGCUGUGCCUAAAGGAAAAAGCCAUGAAAUUCACUGAAAACUUAGCCGUUUCGAAGGAACUGAAUUUAGUUGAGGGUAUCAAUUUUGCGAGAACUGGUUCUCCAAGAUCAGCUCGAAGCUAUGAGCCCUUACCUGAUGACCCGAAAGCCAGAGAACUCCAAGUGGAGGAUAGGAUAAUGGACAAUGUUGUGGACUUUCUGGACAAUCAUGUUUUGCAGCUGAGAAUGCCCAAAUCGUUCACUGAAGACAAUUCUGUUGAAGAAGAAGGUCGUGGAAAGAAGAAGAAGAAGCUGAAGAAACUCCUCCCAAUCCUCGCUCUUAUCAAACUGAAACUCGCCGCACUCAUUCCUUUGUUCCUUGGUAUCAUUGCCUUUGCAGUCUUCAAGGCAUACCUCCUCGGAAAGGUCGCGUUUAUUGCCGCUGCCAUCGGAGCUCUGAAGAAACUCCUUGAUUCGAAGAAUAGCAAGAGCAGUGGAUGGUCAGAACCAGCUCAUGAGGAGCACGGAUGGGAAAGUGGUGGCGGUGGUGGCUGGGGAAGGUCUCAAGACGCUCAAUCCUUAGCUUAUGCUAACCAUAUCAAACAGGAGUAAGAGAAAACUUAAAAUCGUAUACUCAUCCUCGCGAGGAUAUAUAUUUAUAGAUAUAUUAUUACAUAUUUUAUUUUCUUCUAGCUGACACACCAGGCUUCUUUGCACAGGUGCAAGUACCACAACGGCGCCUAUUUCUGCCGAGCAGCAGUAAUGUGUAAGCAUUACUGUCUUUUGGUCUGAAGGGCGCCGUAGCUAGUGAAAUUAUUGACCAAAUGAGACUUAACAUCUAAUGUCUCAAGGUGACGUGCGCAGUUGUAGUGUCGCUCAGAAUUUUUUGGUUUUUCAAGAAUCCUGAGCGGCACUGCAUUGUAAUGGACAGGGCAAAUCAUCGUAUCAUUAUCAUCAGCUGAACUUCCUGCUCGUCUCGUCCCUGAUUUUCAUAAAAAAACUCAUAAAUUAAUUUGCUUUGAACUGGUGUGUCGCUCUAUACUUAUAUCUAUGAUCAAAACUUUCUGAUCUAUAAUAAAUUAUUUUCUGUUUCCGUAAUUAUGUAUAAAAAACUUAAUGUUUUUCUUUUUCUAUUAUAUUUUAAUAUAUCUUUGGGAGGAAUUGUCAGAGUAUACGAUUUUAACACAAAUAUCUUGUAAAUUAAUUUAGAACUAUUUAUUGCAUAUUUAAUUUAUUAUCAACCACCGUUUGUUGUUUGAGAAAUUUGUUUGAGUGAUUGAAUUAUACAGUAUUUUUAUUAUUAUUGUUAUUAUUCGACUGAUAUUAUUAUAUUAUAUUUUACUUAUAAAUGAUUAUUUUUCAAGUACUUAUUUAUUUUAUAUAUUUGAAGUUUUCUGUGUUCGAACUAUUUCUUUAAAAAUGGUUUUAUUAUUAUAUAUUAUUUAAAGUAUUAAGAUUAUUAUGUAUUGUAUGCAAUGUUACCUGUUUGGAGUUAUUUAACCAAAUAUUUUUUGUUCUUUAUAUUCCAAAGAUAUUAUAUUUUUAUUUUAUAUUAUAUUUUAAUGUGUGAGUGGUGCCAGU